CGAACCAGUGACACCUCGACCGCGAUCGAUCGUGGCUGCGACCGGUUACCGCGAAUUCGAUCACGUGGGAUCGCCAGGAUCCCGAAAGAUCGCCACGUGUUUCCCGCGAAGGUUGCCGGUAGUGCGAACGGAGUUCGUGUUAAACGCUCGGGGAGAGCAUCUUCCAGUUGCGUUUAACGCGGAAGGGCAUCGAAAGGUGGAGAUAAAGUGCUCGUCGAAGGAACCAGAGUGCACGUCGAGUUGAAGUUCCGCGGUUGCGAGUUCGCGACAGGACGACGCGACGCGGUGGAUCGACACACAUAUCCAGUGGAGUUACUUCCAGUCGAACGAGGAUGCAGCCAGGGGUGACAGUGGUUCUGGCCACGGUCUGGCUGACGGUAUACGGGAACGUGGUGGGGACAGCCACCCUCCAACCCUCUCGCCUUACUCUCGAUCAAUACUCCCCUUUGGCCCCGCGACGCCAUGGAGUUUAUCGAAAAGUCGAGGGCCAACUGGACUGGAAGGAUCAGAAUCCUGCUGAGAAUCAGCCGCUCGACCUUUCGAUCGGCCCGCGAAGGUCGAUAUCUGCGAACACCGAGUUCCCGGAGCAUUCGCUCGUUGCGAAAUAUGUUGGAAAGAACUCGAUCUUCCCGCGAAAGGGUAACCAUGCCACCGACGAUUUCUCACCUUUAUUCGAAGGCAAGCAGUAUCGUAAUUUCGGUGGUCGAGAAUUCACAGAUGAAAAGGUUGAUGGCAGAAACCUCAAGACACCGGAAUUACUUUCGCGCGAGCUACCACCGUCCGAAUUGGAGGAUCCUUUUGUGGCCGACGACACGUUCCAAGAUCAAGGGCCUGGCUCUGUAGAGAUAUACAAAUUGGACCUCCUCGGAGAGAAGCCUCUGCUGAAUCCGACACCCGUGACGAGAUUAUUGGCGAAGAGCAAAAGCAAGGCGCCGAAGAAGAGCAGCCACGCAAGCUGGAAGGCUAAAACGACGGACUACGGAGCUACCAGCCCGAAGAUGUUCUACAAACAGUCCAACUCGUUUGACAAUUUCGGAACUGAACUACCGCCGAACGGCGACCCCUUUAGCGUAGGUGGGGUGCCAGAGUUGCAAGUGGGGUGCGAGGGAUUGGAAGCGACCAACCACAAACAGAAGAGGUCCAUAGAUUCCCCGACUAAGGAUAAGGAAUCAGGAGUCGACCUAUGGCCAGACGCGACACCUAUAUCUUUGAACGUGGACUACGAUCUUUCCUCGGAGGAAGGCUACGAGGAAAUGGACGAACUCGUGAAGCUGAAGAAAUUAGAGACCACUACGAAGGGGAUCAAGCACAACAGGGGCGACAUGGAGGCGACUCUUCAUUCAGACUUUCUCGACGACAAAGGACGAGCAGAAAUAUUGCCCGUCAGAGGAGACUUGGGCCAGUCUAGCGUAGUCAAAGACUCGAUUACAUCCCCGCCGUCGUCUGUACUUGGUAAUAAGAAAGCGGAAAGAGGGUUGGAUUUGGCGAAGGAGAGCAACAAAGGUUUGCAUUUCGGUAAGGCGAAGCGAAGCAUUCUCAACGAUGCUGGAAUAAAGUCUGUCGAUGGCUUGACGACUAAUCGAGGUCGCAAGAUCUUGUGGUUCGAUGACUCCGCCGCUGGUGAGCAAUCGAAAGAAGGAAAGCGCUCGAAGCGUGGAGUUUGGGGUUUCGGGGAAGACGAAGGCGUGGUGUCGAGCGACGAGUUGCAAACUGAGAACGAGCGACGUCGAAAGGACUACGAGAGGAGGAGGCAGGAGAUCGAGAGAAGAAGACAAGAGGAAGAAAGAAGGAGGGAAGAGGAGGUGAGGAGGCGAGGAUACAUUGAGAAUCGGACUAAUACCGAUAUACAAAGAAUCAGAGACGACUACGAGAAAUUGCUCCGACAGAAGCAGAAGGACGAGGAAGAAAGACAGCGGCAGCUGCAGCAAGAAUCGCAACGGUGGCAAACGGAGGAAGAAACGAGAAGACGUAUGCGAGAGGAGGAAGCGAGAAGGCGUAUGAGGGAGGAAGAAACGAGGAGGAACCGAUGGCAAGACGAGGAACGACGACGUCAAGAGGAAGAGAGAACGAGACAACGACAGUUGGAAGAGGAACUGAGAACUCGAGGAGAGGGAACAAGAGAACAGGAGAAUCGUUUGAGAGAACAAGAGAGAAGACGACGACCGCAAGAAGAAGAAAUGCGCAGGAACGAAGAGUCCAGGCGGGAUGAAGAGAAUAAGAGAAGACGACAACAAGAGUUAGACAGAAGACAUUUGGAGGAAAGAAGAAGACAGUGGGUGAUGAAGAAAAAUCGAGAGGAAGAAGAAGAAAGAAGGAGGCAGCAACAGAACAGGAACGAACCACCAUCGAGCUUGGUCUAUCCCAUGCCGUUUGUGAAUGCGACCAGACCGUAUCAACCGGAAGCAGAGAGACGAAUGAGGGAACAGCAGGCGAGAGAACGCGAUCAGAAGCUGCGAGAAUACAUACAACGUAAUCAACCGAUCAAUGUUACCAGUGCCGUGGAUCGGCGCAGAGAAGAAGCAAAUAGAAGAAAGAUAGAAGAGGAACGAAGAAAGCAGGAAGAGGAGCGUAAGUUGCAAGAGUACGUACGUCGAAAUCAACCCAUACACGUACCAAAGGCGAACGAGUCUUAUCACAGAAACUGGUUGGAGGAGAGACGAACGAUAAACGAAGCGAGAUUAAAUGAUCGGUCAAGGUAUCCAGGGCCAGGAAGCGGAAGAAGAAACCACGGUCCAUCAGCUCCGACGAAUGUCUAUCCCCAAAGCUACGCGAAUCAAGUCGGAAGAACUGAUACGGUCAGAAGUCUCGAAGAGCAAAGAAUUCGCGAGAGGGAAAGACAGCAAGAGGAACAGCUAAAGAGAGAAGCUUUGAGGCGGGAAGAAGAGGUUCGAAGGAUACAGAUGAGAAGAUACGAGGAGGACCGAAAGAGACAGGAAGCGGCGCAGUUGGAAGCCGAGAGAAGGCGUAAGGAAUUUAUGGAACAGGAGGCAGCGAGAAGUCAAGCUGCAAGGAUCAGACCGUUGGAGAACAGAAGACCAGUGUAUGAGGAUCGUAGACGAUUCGAGGAGCACCGGCGAAGACAAGACACGAGUCUUAUUCCAGCCAAUUUAGCUUCGAACGAGUCCAGGAGGGCUAUGGAGCUCCAGAGGCAAAGGCAGCAGCAAGAGAGAAGGAGGAUCGAGAUCGAAAGGCGGAGGCAAGAGGCCAGCAGAGCGAAAGGGACCAGGGAGGACGAAGAACGCGCCAGAGCCAUGAAAGAGCAACGAAGGCGACAGGAAGAGGCAAGACUGAACGCACUACCUGUGAGCGCAAGAAUAAUAGUCCGUCCCGGAGCAUCUUCCUCCUCAUCGCCAGUGUUAUCGAGGGGAGGCUUCAACAACGAUAUCGAUUUCCCGGGUAUUAAUCCGAAUCGUCACGGGGCAAAGGCACCCAACUUUCCCGCACCGCCCAAUCGGUGGACGCCCGUGGAGAGUCCUCCACCCUGCGUCUGGGCGGUUGUUCAAUGUUGUCCAACGAACUCAAACCGACUGGUGACGUGUUUCGAGUCGAUGGGCUGCCCUGGUAUCAAUUGGGAUCCCAAUCCAUGCAGAGGCUCCAUCACCCAGGCUGCUACGGACCAAGUCAUGAAAUUCUAUGCAGCUAUCGAAGAGAACGAACGUGUAUAGAACUAAUGCUUAACGAACAUGAUACGCGCGUUAACGGCCAAGCUUCCGUGGGUCAUCGAUGAAUUUAGUUGAUAUCAAUUCUAACGAGAUUAUGCUUCGGGUUCCAUCUCGACGGAGAAACUUGAGAUAAAACUUAAACUAGGAGCGCGGGAGGAGUAGGUCGAGAAUUUAAUAAAGCUCAUGAGAAGUAAAUUUAAAUACCAAAGGAUAUUAAGGUAUCGCUUACGAAUAAGCCACUGUAGGAUGAUUGACCACAUUUUCGACGAUUCUUCAUCAUUGUACGGUCAAACGACAAAGUCUUCAACUUGAUAUUGCAAUAAUCAAACUUCUUUUUAUCAACUCUAAAUUGA